AUGGGGGUGGAUCUUCCAUCCCCGCCCGCCCCGAUCCCCCCCGGGGCUCCCCUGGCCCCGCUCCGGGCACCCCUCCCGGUGAUGCCCUGGGGGAUCUCCCCGCCCCCCCCAGCACCGCCUGCCGCCCCCCGGCCGCCCCAAUCAUUCCGGACCCGGAGCCGAACCCCUCACUCCGGCCCCGCGCUCCGCAGCUGCCCAGAUGUGGCAGCACAGCUGGAGGAGCUGCAGCAGGUAAGGCAGGGGCUGGUACCAGCGGGAUCGGGGGUGCUGCAGGGGCCCGGGGGGAGAGCGGGGGUGCCCCCGGAACCCGCUCACCCCCUUCCCAGAGAUACGCCCCUACAUCCUCCGGUGGAACACCCCAAGCUGGUGCUUUGGCUGCAGAGGUGUUUUGUGUGGAUUUACCGGGUGAUGCUCGUGGCUGGUGGCCCAGCUCCUUCCCCAUGGAUGGUUUUCAAGGACUUCCCUUUGCAGCUGAGCCCGGCCAGCUCGGUGUGCCCACAGCAGCCGGGCUCAGCUCCCCGCUCCGCUCGCCCGUGCUGGGAGCGGGAGGCGCUGCCCCCGGGAAGCAGUUUAAGCUGAACUCCAAACAAUAAAAACUUAUCAUUAAAAAGAAA